UGUGCAGUCCGAUCCCGUCGAUCUGGGUGCGUUUUAUUUAAAUCACCGCGUUAAGAAAAAAAAAGCAGAGACUUUCACCGGAAUGCACGAGUUUUCUCUCUGAUUUAUCAUUCCUGCAGGGUUUUCUUGUCUUCUUGCAUAUGGGAAGAAUGUGAGAAUGGAGCGGGAGAAAAAUACAAGGGAGUGGAAACGGACUGAGCUCGAGAGAUAAGAAAAAAAGCAAGAGAGGCCGUCCAUUUUGUCAGAGGAGCAAAAAAAAAAAAAAAAAAAGGAGAGAGAAGAUGGAAUUCAAGCACAAUUUGGAGGAAGGAGAAAAUAUGGAGAAACGCGCGCGCGGUGCCUUAAAAAUGGGAUGAAUAUUUGGGAUGUGGUGUGUUGAUGAUUCGGAGAGAGAAAAAAUGGAAAGAUGAACCAGGCAUGAUGAAGCUGCUGCAUCUUCUUCAUCCUCAUCAUUCGGUCCUGUCUGUCCUGACCUGGAUUUAUUUCGGAUUAAAUCCGCACACACCCGGGUUUAACCCGGGAUUGUAAUCUCGGUUGUAGGAUUGAAGAUUGUGCACCGUUGCAGACUUUAUGAAGUGGCCUAGUAUGCAUCAUCUAGUGUGCAUCAUCUAGUGUGCACGGAUCCGCAUCCUGAGCAUCUCACCUGUACCCUCUCAGAUGAAAAGGUCAAAGGUAGACACCAAUUACAGCUACAUCGUCAUUAAAGGAACAUCACUAAUCUACAUAUUUUUGGAUUUGAAGAUCCACAGUUUGUAUCUUGACACUGAAUGUCUGACUCUCAGCUAGGACAGAUAUCAGAAUACACUUUCUUUUUUUUUUUUUAGAAAUUCAUUUUUCAUUCCAGUCUGACGUGGUUGGAGUUAAAGGGAUGUAUUUGUAUUGACUUUUCCACUUUUGGAAGUGUGAAGGGGUGUGAUGUCCAUAAUCAAGAUCACACCUGAGCGCUGAUCUGCAUCUCGUCUGAAACCGGACGCAGCGUUACCGAGAAAACUGUACAAGUCCUUUAAAGGGAAAAUCCAACAUUUCUGGAAUUAAAAGAGACACCUUAAAGGUUUCUGUUGGGGUUUUUAAAUUAUUAUUAUUUUUUUUAGAGCGGUCCGUAAUUGAGAUCACUGCUGAGGAGAACGGGCUGCUGUGGGAGAGUGUGGAUCCUUUAAAGGGUAACUCAGAGCUAGCUGGAAUUAAAUGGAGACGUUCAGGGUUUCUUUAAUAAGCAGUGCAGCACCAGUGGAGACUUCCUGACGUUUACAAAAAGCACACAACUGAUCACCUGAGGAAUGAGGGUUCUUCCUCAGUAAGAGCUCUCUGGCAGUGGGUUUUGAACACACAACCUUCUGAUUAAUAGCACAGAACCUUAACCACUUAGCACUUUUCCAGAAUCCAGUGCAGCUGGAGCUCGGUGCUUCCUCGAUUUUCCUCAUCCUCGUCUCGUUUAAUCGUCCUCAGGGUUAAAGGGGGGGGGAGGGUGAAAUAAACAGUGCUGGAUUUUUGCACUUUCUCCCCCUCGGACAUUCACUGUGCUGGAUGUGUUUGUAGUGGAUAACCUCUGAUGACCCCUAGUUACACUCCGGAGUGCGUUCCAGAGCGCGUGCGUGCUUUCCCGAGUGCUGCUGGAGGACGGGUUGGAUUGAAACCCUACGAGACCGUGAGAACUGACCAAGAGGAGGAGGAGGAGGAAGAAGGAGAUAUGAGCUGUGGAUGGUGGUGAUGAUGAUGAUGCUGGAUACACAGAAUGCGACUCAGGAGCUGGGGGAGGAGGUGGAGGACGGCGCCGUGUUCUCCAUCUCGGUGCGCAGGGUACAGGUGCAGCCGUCGGUCAGUAAGGGGCAGCGCUGGCUGGGCGUGGACUCGGACUCGGCGCUGAGUCUGUACGAGACGAGUAAACUGCGCACCAUUAAGGCGGGGACGCUGGAGAGGCUGGUGGAGUACAUGGUCUCCUCCUUCAGAGAGAACGACUCCACCUACGUCACCAUCUUCCUCUGCACAUAUCGUUCAUUCACCACCACCAACCAGGUGCUCGACCUCCUGCUCAACAGAUACGCUAAACUGCAGCACCUGCCGGGGUCAGAAGGUCACAGACUCACACACGAUGACCGCACCGAGCUCAGGAACACCAUCUCGUCGAUCCUGGGAGCGUGGCUGGAUCAGUACUCGGAAGAUUUCUGGAAGCCGCCGGAAUACAGCUGCCUCAGACGCCUCAUCUCCUACCUGCAUGUCAACUUCCCCGGAUCAGACCUGGAGCGACGAGCCUGCAACCUGCUCGCACAGUUCCACCGCAGACUGCAGCAAGAACCUGAGCCUGAGGUGCUGGAUCACGGGUCGUGUCCCUUCUCCCUCCUGGAGGAGAACGGUUAUGAGGAUGAUCGGCCAGACUUCCUGACCUUUGACCCCACGGUGGUAGCCGAACAGUUCACCCUCAUGGAUGCGGAGCUGUUUAAGAAGGUGGUGCCAUAUCACUGUUUGGGCAGCAUCUGGUCUCAGAGGGAUAAGAAGGGAAAAGAACAUCUGGCUCCCACCAUUCGAGCCACUGUUACUCAAUUCAACUGUGUGACCAACUGCGUCAUCUCCACCUGCCUGAGCGACCGCACGCUCAAACACACACACCGCGCCAAAGUGCUCGAGCGCUGGAUCGAGGUGGCCCGGGAGUGUCGGAUCCUGAAGAACUUCUCGUCUCUGAGGGCGAUCCUCUCGGCGCUGCAGUGUAACGCUGUCCACCGGCUCAAGAGGACGUGGGACGAGGUGUCGCGGGAGAACGUACGCAUCUUCCACGAGCUCUCCGAGAUCUUCUCCGACGAGAACAACCACUCGCUCAGCCGAGAGCUGCUCAUUAAGGAAGGAACGUCCAAAUUUGCAACGUUAGAGAUCAACCCGAAGAGAGCACAGAAGAGACAGCAGCAGCCCAGAGACCUGAGUGUGAUGCAGGGCACCAUCCCGUACCUGGGCACCUUCCUGACAGAUUUAGUGAUGAUGGAUACUGCCAUGAAGGACUACGUGGACGGUGGUCUGAUCAACUUUGAAAAGAGAAGGAAGGAGUUUGAGGUGAUCGCUCAGAUUAAGCUGCUGCAGUUGGCGUGUAAUAACUACAAUUUCAGGAGGAACGCUCGGUUCAGAGAGUGGUUCAGUACUGUGGAAAAACUCACAGAGGCUGAGAGCUACUGUUUAUCGUGUGAGAUCGAGCCUCUGUCCGAGUCAGCCUCCAACACGCUGAAGGCGAAAAAGAACACAGGAAUCAUCAAACGUUGGAGCGAUCGUCAGCCGGUGAGUUCCUCUGAAGCGAGCUGCAGCAGCGCAGGAAGUUCUCACUCCAAAUCGUUCGAUCAGCUGCGUUACCCGCCAUGUUCGAGCAGCGUUGGAGGAGGAGGAGGAGGAGUGGAGAGGGACGACAGGAGAGGAGAGAGAGGAGGAGAAAGAGGAGACGACUCGCUCAGCGUCACCUCCGCCGGCUCCAGCAGCUCGGACGUGGAGGAGAUCAACAUCAGCUUCAUCUCCGAUUCCCCCGAUACGCAUGAGAAAAAGACGUCGACGCCGUGUGUAAAACAUUCACACUCUUCGUUAGGGAAGUGCGGCCCCAUUGGAGAUCUGACACCCACGUUCUGGGAGUCCACGUCUCUCUCGUCUCUGGACGCAGCGUCAGGUUCAGGCUCCAGCAGCGCCUCGUCCUCCUCUGUCUCGUCCACUCCGCACACGUCCACACCGCACUCGUCCUCCCGCUCGCACAAGCGCUCCGUCUCUGGCGUGUCCAGCUACUCGUCCCUCUCUCUUCCUCUCUACAAUCAGCAGGUGGACGACUGCUGCAUCAUCAGAGUGAGUCUGGACGUGGAGAACGGCAACAUGUACAAGAGCAUUCUGGUGACGAGUCAGGAUAAAACCCCUGCAGUGAUCAGGAAGGCGAUGGUCAAACACAACCUGGACCGAGAGAGACCUGAGGAUUACGAACUCGUGCAGAAAAUCAGUGAGGAUAAAGAGCUGAAGAUUCCAGACAACGCCAACGUGUUUUACGCCAUGAACUCGUCAGCCAACUACGACUUCGUCCUGAAGAAGCGCGGCUUCCCCCGAGUGACUCGCACCAAACACGUAGCGAGCUCCACGCUGCCCCGCAUGAAGCAGAAAGGCCUGAGGAUUGCUAAGGGCAUCUUCUGAAAAACUCAAACUCCCAUAAUACCACAGGGCUUGUGGAUACCGCCGCUGAGGUCAAACGUCAGGCCCUACAAACUGGGAGGGAAUAAAAAAGUCACUGCCAGCUCAGGGGAGGCCGUUUAAGCAUGGCUGUGGAUGUGUGCUCGUGUUUACAGACUCCCGAGAGCUGCCUUCUAGCCGUGAGGUCACUUCCUGUGCCCACUGAGAAGGGGGUCACUUCCUGUGUCGCUACUAAAAGGGUCACUUCUUGUGUCGCUUCUGAGAUCGCUUCCUGUUGAGUGCUGUGUUGCAGACAGCCUAUACUGCCAGAUUAAGGAUGACUCGGAGCAGCGGACAUGUGACCUGGUGUUACUUUUAAAAGUAUCCUCCUGCAACAACAACAAACACAAACACUUAAGGUUCCGAGCGAAAUCGUGCUAUCCAUUCAUAUUGGUGUGCGAGGGUUUUUCCUUUUUUUGCCAAACAUUACAGAGACUAAAGAGACGAUCGAACAUGUCGAGUAUUUUUGGGCUUUUUUGAGUUCUUGAAAUGAGAAACAAAAAAAAAAGUUGUUUUUUUUGUCUUUUGUCAAUGAUAACGUGUCUGUUUUUGUUAAAAGGGCAUUAUAGCUAACAGCAAGCACUCCUCUCACAUGACUCUUCUCCAUCCACGUUCUCCAGACUGUAUGCGAAAUAUCCACCUUGUUUUUAUUGUUUGCCACUUCGACUAUUAUUGCUAGCAUAUUUUUUUUCAUUUCAGCAAUUAGCAACAGUAUUUUAAAUAACUAUUAGCCUGGCUAGCUAGCUGAGUAAGCUAACUAGCCAUACUACGAAUUCAGCAUCAGCAGUUAAUGUUAUAGCGUUUCCACAUCCGAUUGUAAGUGCCACUGCUGCUGCUAGCUCUUCAAAAAAAAAAAACAGGAAGUGUGAUUGAUUUAUUACUGACGUAUAAAUUUGAAAAUAAGGAACUGUUAGCUUGGCGUGAACAUACCACUAAAACCCUGUGAGGAACUAGCGGGAGUUAGUGCUGAACUACAGCAACAUUAAUGGGAUAAAAGCUACAGUACAGCACACAUGCUUCGAAGUGGCUGCACCACUAGGGGGAGUUAAAGUGCCACUGCAAAUACUACAUAAUGCAAAAACGCAAAAUUUACGUCGAUAUGUCGAUAAAUUGGUUUUGUUUUGCACUUGAGAGUGACUUACAGUCCGGAAAACACGGCCUUGUCCUGGUGUCUCGUUUUUUGAGUAUUAUCGUCUUUUGCGUGUUUUUUUUCCCGUUCUUCUGAUUGGUGCUAACUAACGCUGAGGUCAUCCUGCAGGUGAUCCCGCUAUUGCUAUUUACAGCCUCGUGAUGCUAAAGGAGCCGGAUGGAUGACACUUAGUUUGUGCGGUCAGAAACGUGUCAGUGGCGGAGAAAAGAAAAUCGAGAGAAAAAAAAAAGAAAGGUAGCGCAAAUGUUUUCCGGGAUGAGAGUUGCUAGCUUAAAUUUCUAAAAAUGUGAAAAGCUUUUUUUUCUUUCCUGAGUAUUUCUUUGAAUUUUUUUUGUAAAAAAAUAAAAUAAAAAAAGUUGACUUUUAAAGUCAAAAUGAACGUAACGUAUUGACGUAUUAUGAAUGAAUUAACAGAUUAACAUAUUAAGAAUGUAUCGUAUCGCUACGACAUGCGUCCUCAUGUUUUACCCAAAAUGCCCGUCACGCCACAACGAUGACCCCUGCUAGCGCAUUACUCAAAGAGAAAAUUCGACCUGCGCUGUGGUUAUGACAAUUUCCUGCCGAGUCUCUACGAGCCGAGUGAUUGGUUGAUCUGGAAAAGACGAAACGAAGACGUAAAAGUGGGGAAAAAGCGUCGCUUUGUGAUUUUUUUUUCGUGGAAACGUGGAACACGAGAACAAAAUCCACUGAAUUUAAUCACGGACAUUCCAAAAAUUAAGCAUAAUAACGUAGCACGUUUGCGAAAUAAGAGGCAGCAUCGCUUCGUUCUCACUCCUGGAAUUAGAGUAUGAUGUAAUCAACUAAGUGUGAUGUCAUGAGGUUCAGAAAUUUUAGGGCUCUAAAACACCAAGCUGACCUGGUGGGGUGGGACUCAGAUAUAUUUGUGAAUUUUUUCAACACAUUUUUCUAGUUUUAUUGUUAAUUUGCAUACUGCCGCUUUAAAUAGUAUGGCACCUAGUAGUAGCAAAGUUUUUUGGGUUUUUUUGGCUGUGCCCAAAAUUGCUUACUGCUGCUUUAAAUAGUGUUGCACUGUGUAGUACAGUACUAUAAGAUAAUGCUAAUCUGGUAGCUAGGCUAGUGGUUUUUUUUGUUGUUUUUUUGUUGUGCCCCAAGUUACAUGCUGCCUCUUUAAGUGUGAUAGUUUGGCACUACCUAAUACAGUACUGAUAUAAAAGCAGCCUGACUAGAGUUGUUUUGACUUUCCCAGUACAGUAACACAGGAUCCUCUUUUAAAUUGCAUACUGUUGCUUUAAAUAGUGCUGCAUUGAGUAGUACAGCACUACAGGAUUCAGCUUCAAAUUGUGUACUGCCGCUUUAAAUAGUUGAACACUAGUACAUCAUAUUUAGUACAGCACUGUGUGUCAUGGGACACACAAGAUUCAUUUUUCUUUACAGCGUUUUGAAUUUGGAGACGAAUAAGACGAACAGAUCACUGCCCCCUCUUGGUGUGUAGAGUUAUUUCCUUUAAUAAAUGUCAGCUUGGUGUGUUAUGGCCCAAUGAGAAAGAGAGAGAGAGAGUGAGAGAUUGUGUGUGUGUGUGUGUGUGUGUGUGUGUGUGUGUUUUGGAGGACAUUGUGUUUUGUUUCGGAGAAGCGGAAGAACAUGAGCUUAAGACUGAAUCCUCGGGUUGCGUCUCAAUCCUGUUCACUCCCUUUAAAGUCAAGACGAGGCUUUAGGACCACACACACACCUACUGAGUUUUCAGCAACUGUGUGUUCUUUAGAUAACGUGUGUGUGUGUGUGUGUGUGUGUGUGUGUGUGUGUGUGUGUGGCAAAAAGGGCCAAAGAUCCUACAGAUCAUUUUUCAAAAAUAUCAUAAACACUUAAAGACUCAUGAACACUGCCUGUUCACGAGAACACACACACACUCUCUUCAUAUUUAACACAAACACUUUUCAUAUCGUACACACUCAGCACGUUGGUGCCAUUGCGCUCUUUUACUUAUAAAGAAAAAAAACUAACAUGAUAACACGUCUGAUUUUUUAAGUUCAUUUUGUAUAUUUCAAGUUGUAAUUUUUGUACAUGAAAUGUUCAUUGUAGCUUUGCUUUUAUUUCCUGUGUGUGUGUGGGGGGGGCGCUCGCGCCACUAUUUAUUAAAUUUGUAAAUACUUUUUUGCAGCAUUGUACAUUUUGUUUUCUCUUCCUUGUAAUAUACAAAUUAAUAUAUAUGUAAAUAUUGAGUAUAUACGGCUGCAAGGUUUAUAUACCGCUGUAACUCCGAGCUCUCCAUCCACUUCUCAUUCUCCGUUUGUCUCGUGUGGAUUUUUUUGUACGACAGUUUUGAUUUUGAUAUUGCCCCCCCCCCCCCCCCCCCCCCCGCCCCAACUUCACUGUUUCUAUUGUUGGAGAGAGA